AGACUUAAGUUUUGAAAUCCCAUUUACUUGGGAGCAACAUGUAGCGACGUGAGGAGAAGUAAUUGACAAAAUCCUUGACCGUUUCUUUCCCAAACCAAAUAAAGAAAACCGUAACGAUAAUCACCCUUGUUUUCCUCUCUUCCAUCCUCUCUCUCUCUCUCUCUCUCUCUCUCCUCAACAAGGUACCAAAAAAAAAAACACAGCUCACUAAAGAUCUGAGCCAUUUUGUCAGCUAUGUUUUCCCUAUUCUGAUUAAAACACGUCAAUCUCCAUUCACCAACGUACAUCAAUGUUACCAAAAUCAAGAAAAAGGCUCAACAAUGAACCAGAAUCAAGAAAAAGGCCCAGCAAUGAAGGAGCAGGAUCGGAAAAAGGGUGCAACAAUGGAAAGAAGAAAGACGAUGACCAUGAAUUGGGAAGGUCUAGGAGACCAUGACGACGACGACGACCGGUUCUUCGAAACCUACGACCGAAUGUCCUCCGCCGUCUCCCACGACUUGGCCUCUUCCGGGUCAGACGACGACGACGAAUUCGAGGACCCUCGAAUGUCGUUUUCUUCGGCCAUCUCGUCAGCAACCCCUGCGGUCAAGGACUUUCGCGGCUUCGACGCGGCUCAAGCCACCACAUCCAUAUUCGGCGAUUAUGACAUGUGGACGGCGGAGCCCAGUUCGAUCAAGGAGCGUCGAAAGAGGCUGCUUCAAGGAAUGGGGUUAACUAGCAACAAGAACUUUAUUAGCAUUGCCAGCACAAAAAUCAUCCAUUCACCUUCCCGGAAAGUGCAAAACAAUCAACCGGUGACGAAUACAUCUUCGUCAGCGGUUGAAUCGGCCCCACCCGAAGAGCCGAAAGGCGAGCCUUCACCUUCGAUGCCGAUAAUGCUUGUCCGGUCGCGAUCGGAUGGAGACAUAGAGACAUUUUCUGCUCACACAAGGAAAAGGAAAGAGGAGCUUAUUGGAACAAUAUCAAAGCAGCGUCUCACUAGAACCUCAUCAAUGUUAUUAACCCCGCAUUCCAGUAUCUGUCAGUAUGCCAAUACAGUCAGAGUAUCCCCAAAAACAACUCGAAACAGAUCAUCGAUGCCUAAUAGCGGUCCAUUGACGUCUAUAUUAUCGAACAGUAAGUUUGGCGCGUUUUUCUUGAUAAAAAAUUUGGACACCGGGAAGGAAUUUAUCGUAAAAGAGUUCAAUGAUGAUGGAAUGUGGAAUCGAUUAAGCGAAGUUCAAACGGGGAAGCAACUCACGAUGGAGGAAUUUGAGAAAUCUGUUGGGUAUUCCCCUGUUGUCAAGGAGCUAAUGCGUCGGGAAAACGUGUCAAGAAGUCUAGAUGAUGCGAGGAAAAUUACAAAUUCUUACCUGAGCAAGAGCUUUAGAUACAGCAAGAGGAGGGGGGUUGCCCUGUUGAAGAACAUAAAGGGGGUGGCGAGUUCGGUGAGCGGAUUGGUCGCGGACAAAGAAAGAGAGCAGCAUGCAACAGAAAACCCAAAGAAUAAGAAGAACUCGACCUCCAAAUGGAUCAAAGUUCGUCAACAAGGGAAACCCAUGAAGGAAUUUUCCGCUAUGCAUUUGUGUCUUGAAAUUCAGGCUCACGAGGGAUCCAUUUGGACUAUGAGAUUUAGCCCGGACGCUCAUUACCUAGCGAGUGCGGGAGAAGAUAAGGUGAUUCAUGUGUGGGAAGUCCAAGAAUGUGAGGUUAUGACGGGGUCCGGAAGAUUGCCGGAUGAAUUGAGUUCUGCUCAUUCCAGUCCACUCCACCCAAUGGCAGGGAAUUCACUGGACCAACCUCCACUUGGAGAGGUUUCGCAGCUGCCAUCAGAGAAAAGGAAAGAAAGGCCUCCUCUUGCGGAGCUCUCGCCAAUGCCAUCGGAGAGGAGGAAAAAAGGGAAAGGAUCUAACAAGAAAAAGGGCAACUUAAUACCUGAUUAUGUCCAUGUGCCGGAAACUGUGUUCUCACUCUCGGAAAAACCAGUAUGCUCUUUUACAGGUCACCUGGACGAUGUUUUGGACCUAUCUUGGUCGAGAUCACAGCUAUUGCUUUCAGCUUCAAUGGACAAGACUGUUAGGCUGUGGGACAUGGAAACCAAGAGCUGUCUAAAGUUGUUCGCACACAAUGAUUAUGUAACUUGUAUACAAUUCAAUCCAAUGGAUGAUGACUAUUUCAUAAGUGGAUCACUUGACGCAAAGGUACGAAUUUGGAGCAUACCAGAUCGGCAGCUCGUCGACUAUACUGACCUUCACGAAAUGGUUACUGCUGCCUGUUAUUCCCCUGAUGGGCAGGGUGCUUUAAUUGGUGCACAUACAGGGAGUUGCCGUUUAUACAACACAGCAGAUUGCACGCUAGAACAAAAAGAUCAGAUUGAGAUUCGACACAGGAAAAAGUCUCAAGCAAAAAAAAUAACUGGCUUUGAGUUUUCCCCAGUCAAUCCGUCAGAAGUGCUCGUUACUUCUGCAGACUCUCGGAUUAGAAUCAUCGAUGGUCCAGACGUCAUUCACAAGUUCAGAGGUUUCCGAAACACUAGCAGCCAAAUUUCGGCAUCGUUCAGUCCCGACGGAAAAUAUGUUGUAUGUGCAAGUGAGGAUUCUCAAGUAUAUAUAUGGAAGCGUGAAGAGCCAAGAAAUGGAAGUGCAGGGAAAAGCAAGGGGACGAUCACCACCCAGUCUCAUGAACACUUUCAGUGUAGAGAUGUGUCGGUAGCAAUUCCGUGGCCUGGCAGCAUAAGAAAUGAGCCACCAAUUGUGGAAAUACAGUCUAAAAGGCAUUCAAAACGCUCAAACCCACAUCCACCCUCCACUAUUGGAUCUCCAACCAAAGAAGAAAACGCGGCGGGGGCAAACAGUAAAAGACAGUUGCCGCCUCUUCCCAAGAAGAACAGUAUUUUGGAGAGAUCUAUAAGUUGCCAAGAUGAAGAUCUAGCUCAAGUCUCUCGUACUGACUCCGGGAUUGGAAUCGGCGAGUCAUUCACUUCAGGCUCUUCGUCAAUUAGAUACGGUGACUCACCUUCUAUUUCUGCUUCUGGGAGUUCUCAUUCUCAGACUUGGUCUUCCUCUUGGUCCUUAUUUGAUGGAAAUAGCCAUGGGGGCCACACUGUCCAAGCAACAGCAUGGGGAGUGGUGAUUGUGACGGCAGGGCUGAGAGGUGAGAUCAGAGCUUAUCAAAAUCUUGGGCUGCCAGUUAAGGUCGGCCGUCAGACCAACCUCUUCAGAGACCUCACAUAAAGGUUUUGUCAGUAGAAGGUACUUGUUUUUCUUGACUAAGAUUUAGUCAUUUUCGAAACUACUAUACUGAGUUGUGUGAAGAGAGGGAAUAUAGCUCUUAUGGACAAGAGUUAAGCCUCAUGCAGUGCCAUGGAAUACCUGAGGCUGUUUCAGUAUAAGCAGGUCUAUGCUGUACAUGAGGCUUACUCUCUGUGU